AUGAUUUAUUUGGAAGAGCAUCGCGAAGAAGACGUGAAUGGUGCCCGCUUGUUACGCGAUGCAGGACAAGAGCUCAUCUCAUCGCAGGAUGUUGAAUUAACAGCCAGUUUAUUGCCGAAAUGCGACGAGUUAGAUCGAAUGGCCGAUGCACUCAGUGGUGCACUUGAGCGACGAAGCAAAGUACUACGGCUAAGCAAAGAUAUGCACGAGCAAGUACUGGCGGCAAAUAAAUGGUGUCGGCGAGGUGUACAGUUGCUGACAACUGUACCUUACGAUGUUUCGCCUAGUGCAGCUGCAAACGCACUCACCACUAUUGACCAGUACAUUGCCGAGGGACAGUCCUUGAAGGUCAACUAUUUUUGUUUUUUUUGUUACACAAGUCAUAAAUUGCAAAGACUUCUAGAAAUUAGGGCCAGGAAACUGAAAUCCUCUGCUAAUCCCCAAACAAACAAAGACUUUUCUAUGGGAAUUUUGAAAUGUUAUGGGUUAACUGAUAAGAUUGAUAAAAUUUUGAGUGAAGACUUAAAUAUUUAA